AUGCAGCUUGCACGUUUCGGAGAACUAAACUUCCGAUCCAAAGUCAACGGAAUUCUCACCUCACCUUCCAAUCACCCAAACAAUCCAUCAACUCCAACGGCAAAGGUUCUGUUUGCUGGUGCCACCAAAAUGGCACCAGGCAAGGCAUCCGCUCAGCCCAGAAAGGAGAAGCGCAAUCUGGUGCGCUGGGAUACCGAUAUUGAUACACACCUGUUGCUCGCCAUCCAGGCAGCCUGCAACUCGAGCAACACGAAGAUACCAUGGGACCUGGUGGCUUCCACCAUGGGACCAAAGUACACGGAAGGUGCAAUUGUGCAGCACCUAUCCAAGUUGCGUAGUCGUCGGGUCAGGGAUGGAAAGAUCGUCCCGCCUCCACUCCGACGUGCUGCUGCAGGCUCCCACAAAGGGGCUUCGAAGGGCUCUGUUCAGCAGAGUGGUGUGGUCGAUGCUCUCCCCAAAGAAGACGUCGAUGAUCUCUCUUCCGGCGGCUCGGACCCCGAGUAUGGGGCUCCAACCACGCGCAAGCAAAAGCGGCCAUCGACCCGGCGUGCAAGUGCAAGUGCGAAGAAGCGCACCAAGCCGUCUGCCGGGAAGAUCAGCCCCGAGAACGAGAAAGCGUGUGUGGAUGCCCCUUUCCUCCAAUUCCUCCCUGCUAAGUCAGAAACUCCAACUGACGCACCUAGUGAUGCACCCGAGUCUUCGUCAGAGGAAUCAGGCGAUACUCUGAGCUCCGAGAAAGAAGAGAUGACCGAUCUGAACAGAUUUGCCAGCCCUGCAAUUGCGGAUAUCCAGAAGAGCGAGAUCUUUGAGAAAAAGACUCCCAGUCCUGUAGCAAAGCAGAAACUCCGUGUUAGCUUCAAGAGUCGGACCGCUGGCAUGAUUUCAUCAGAGGCUGUCGACGAGCAGCACUCGUCGACCCCGGCAUCCAUGGGAGGAAACUCACCAAAGACUCCGAGACUCCAACCCAAUAUCGACCGUUUCUGGAGCCCCGAGGCUUUGCAGAUGACUGGCGAUUGUAAUCAGGGAGGUACUCCUAGUAGGGUACAGGACUUCAUGCAAUCGCCGUCACAAUAUCCAAUGCAACCGAACCCGCAGCUGCAGCCCUUGAACCACAAUCCCGCACCAUUUCAAGGCGCGCUACAAAGUGUCGACUUCUUCGACCCGAAGACAUAUGUCCAGCGCCCCAUAUUCCAAGAGAAUCCGACUCCCAGGUAUGCACAAUAUCCGACUCACUCACAAAGCCGUGGAUAUGCUGCACGUGGUCAGCAAUAUCCUCAAACCCCGGUAAGCUCUCAAAAGCCGCCAUUUUCCCCGGGUGGAUUCUUUUACUCGCCCGAGGAUCAUCGAGCUCUCGAGAUGCAGAUUAGCAUGCCGAGUCCUGGAUAUGGUCUCCCGCCUUCGUUGUACAAUGCGAAUGCUAUCAAUCCGCAGGACCUGCUCAUCAAUGCUGGCAACAUAUCUUCCCCGUGCUUUGAGGAGUUAGUGGAUUAUGAGGAUGAUCCCGGUGCAGGGACCUUCUAG